AUGGCUAUGCAAUUAAGGCCUUAUGUUAAAGAAUUUUACCACGGUCCGGACCGGGUCGCAACACUUGUUGUGGUGUGUGUGAGGCCGCGUGGCCGGGCUGCGGCAGACUGUUGCUCCCGGGGCCGCUUCACUUGUUACGUGCCACCCGCCGCCCUGCGCGCCCUGGCGCUGCCGCCCUCGCACCGCACCCCGCGCCCGCCCUCGCAACCCCGCCCCGCAUCUACUCACCAAUAUUAUGGGUCCUUCACUUCGCAGCAUCCUUCUUACUCACCUAGAAUACCAGAUAUCGAGACCCAUACGAGCUCCUUACUGGACCUUCUGCUAACUACAGGUCCGGACGAAUAUUCAGUCACCGUGGAAGCGCCUCUUGGUUCUUCGGAUCACUGUCUUAUUCGAUCCCAAGUACAGUGCACACAUCCUGCCACACACCGAACACCUGGUCGACAUCGCAUGUGGCAUUAUAAGUCAGCAGAUUGGGACAGAUUGCGAGAAUUUUACGCGUCGUACCCAUGGAGGCAGCACUGCUUUGCAUCAGAAGACGUCGAUACCUGUACAGCCGCCGUUACUGAAGUCAUACUUGCAGGUAUGGAAUGUUUCAUUCCAAAUCUGCUUGUUGCUUCAGGGGCGAAAAAGCGACCGUGGUUUAAUAGGUCAUGCAGAGAAGCCAGACGGGCUAAAGAAACUGCUUAUCAGGCUUGGACCACGGCUCGUUCCAACAGGGAUGUUGGUGUAUCUGAUGCGAGGCGGAAUUUAAAUGCUGCAUCCAGGUUUAGUAAGAGAGUAACUGCUAUAGCCAAAUUCGACUUCGUCAGCAAAAUUGGGGAGCGACUAGCCCGUCAUCCUUCUGGAAGUCGAGCCUUUUGGUCCCUUGGCUUGGCUAAGGCUGCCGAAGGUAACAUUAGUCAGUCGUCCUUACCACCACUACGGAAGCCGGAUGAUAACUUGGCACAUAGUGCAAAAGAGAAGGCCGAUUUGUCGUGCGCUCUUUUUGCCUCAAAUUCGACUUUAAACGCUGGGGACACCAUACCUACUACCAUCCCAUGGUGUGGUAACUCUAUGCCGGAAAUAUCCGUAACACAACGGAGUAUCCAGCGAAAGUUGUUGUCUCUCGACGUCAACAAGUCGAACGGGCCAGACGGCAUACCGGCUUUGGUGCUAAAGAAGUGUGCUCCUGAGUUGUGUCCCGUACUCACGCGCCUCUUCGCGCUUUCAUACUCCUCUGGGCAAUUCCCGUCGUCAUGGAAGAUCACCCUUGUGCACCCUGUGCCAAAAAAGGGUGACAGGCCAAACCCAUCGAACCACAGGCCUAUCGCUAUCGCGUCUUUGAUCUCCAAGGUGAUGGAGCGUGUAAUUAAUACACAGCUCCUCAGAUACCUAGAAGAUCACGAUUUAUUUAGCGAUCGUCAAUAUGGCUUUCGCCAUAAUCGCUCAACUGGUGACCUUUUAAUGUAUCUCACACACCGCUGGGCUCUUGCCAUCGAGAGCAAAGGGGUUUGGCAUCAAGGUCUUCUAUCGAAAUUGCCCUCAUACGGAAUACCAGAGGGAUUAUGCAAAUGGGUCGCUAGUUUUUUGUCUGGCAGAUGCAUCAAAGCCGUGGUCGACGGUAGUUGCUCCGAUAGCAUGGACAUUAACGCUGGCGUCCCGCAGGGCUCUGUUCUCUCCCCGACGCUAUUUUUGCUGCAUAUUAAUGAUUUGUUAACUACGGUUAACAUUCAUUGCUAUGCGGAUGACAGUACUAAAGGUCAAGCUUGCGUCAAGGGUGAGAUAACGCAGUAA